AUGAGCUCCCCCGGCGCCGAGAGCGCGGGGAAGAGCCUGCAGUACCGAGUGGACCACCUGCUGAGCGCCGUGGAGAGCGAGCUGCAGGCGGGCAGCGAGAAGGGCGACCCCACGGAGCGCGAGCUGCGCGUGGGCCUGGAGGACAGCGAGCUGUGGCUGCGCUUCAAGGAGCUCACCAACGAGAUGAUCGUGACCAAGAACGGCAGGAGGAUGUUCCCCGUCCUGAAGGUGAACGUGUCCGGCCUGGACCCCAACGCCAUGUACUCGUUCUUGCUGGACUUCGUGGCGGCCGACAACCACCGCUGGAAGUACGUGAACGGAGAGUGGGUCCCAGGGGGCAAGCCCGAGCCCCAGGCGCCCAGCUGCGUCUACAUCCACCCGGACUCGCCCAACUUCGGAGCUCACUGGAUGAAGGCUCCCGUCUCCUUUAGCAAAGUCAAGCUCACCAACAAGCUCAACGGAGGGGGUCAGAUCAUGCUGAACUCCUUACACAAGUAUGAGCCUCGGAUCCACAUAGUGAGAGUUGGGGGCGCACAGCGCAUGAUCACCAGCCACUGCUUCCCAGAGACCCAGUUCAUAGCAGUGACUGCUUAUCAGAACGAGGAGAUCACGGCUCUUAAAAUUAAAUACAAUCCAUUUGCAAAAGCUUUCCUUGAUGCAAAGGAAAGAAGUGAUCACAAAGAUAUGAUGGAAGAGCCUGGAGACAGCCAGCAAUCUGGGUACUCCCAAUGGGGUUGGCUCAUCCCUGGAACCAGCACCCUGUGUCCACCUGCCACCCCCCACCCUCAGUUCGGAGGCCCCCUCUCACUUCCCUCCACGCACGGCUGUGAAAGGUACCCCGCCCUGAGGAACCACCGUCCAUCCCCCUAUCCCAGCCCUUACGCACAUCGGAAUAAUUCUCCAACCUAUUCUGACAAUCCAUCUGCAUGUUUGUCCAUGCUCCAAUCCCAUGACAGUUGGCCCAGCCUUGGGACGCCUGCCCACACCAGCAUGCUCCCCAUGAGCCACAGUGCCGGCCCACCCACCGGCUCUAGCCAAUACCCCAGCCUGUGGUCCGUGAGCAACGGCACCAUCACGCCGGGAGCGCAGCCGGCCGGGAUGUCCAACGGGCUGGGAGCGCAGUUCUUCCGGGGCUCCUCUGCGCACGGGGCGCCUCUCGGCCACGCGGUCCCGGCUCCCUCGGCCUCCGGAUCCCCGCUGUACGAGGGGGCCCCCACGGCCACAGACGUUCCCGACAGCCAGUACGACGCCUCGGCCCAAGCCCGCCUCAUCGCCUCGUGGACGCCUGUGUCGCCGCCUUCCAUGUAG